UGAACAGAGACGGGAGAGAGAGAGAGAGAGACUUUCCUCUCUUCCUCACCUCUAUUAUUUCAUCAGUCAAUAUCUAUCCAUCCAAGACAAUCGUUACUUAUAUAGCGGAUGUUAACGUAAAGGUCUCGCUUUCUAAUCCCAUAGCAUGCAUACUUUCCAAAAUCAUAAUAUCUUUUUGCCACCCGUAUAAAACAAUCCUCAUUACCGUAUAAAACAAUCCUCAUUCCAUUAUUGUUGCUUCAAGCUUUCUACACAUCUCACCCUCUUUUUAUAAUAUAAAUUAGGUGUCCGAUGCAGGUUAUGUGCCAACGUAUCUCACCUUAAUCCGGUCUAAAAUCUAACCUAGAUUCUGGGUUUUGACUCUCCCUUUUUUCGCCCUGGAAAUUUUUUCUAGGAUCUCAAUUGAUAACCCUUGUGGGGUUUGAUUCACAAAUUUCUCAAAUUGGGUUUAUAGUAGAGAACCCUUUUGUCUCUUUUAGGAAUUUUGGAGGUCAAGAUCUCAGAAGAAGUUGGAUCCUGCUUGGAAUUGGAAAUUCGAUCUGAGAUCAAGAGGUUGGCUUUUUCUUUUCUUUUUUUCCUUCCUCUUUUUGGUGAAUAAGAGAGAUUUCUUUGAUCUUGGUUUUGUGUAACUUAGGCUUCUGAUUAUUUGGUUUUCCGAGUUAGUAAUUAUUGAGCUGUUAAUUGGUUUCAACUAGUUGAUUUUGAAGUGAGAACUCUCAAUUCUCCUUGAUUUCCAUCGGAGUUUGCUAAACCAAACCAAACCAACCCAAAACUGAGCCGAGCCUCGGGUCACAAUCGAUUUGGGUCGGCUACCUAAAUCGUAUUUUUCAUUGAGCUCUCCCUGACACUGUUUUAGGGCAAAAUUCCAUUUGGGAUAAUAUUGUGUUUAUCUAUUGAUUUGAGGCCAAAGAAAAUCUCUGUUGUACCAAACUCAGUUCUCUCUUCCAGGGAGUGCCUAACUUAAGUUGCUUAUUGCAUACCCAUCAUUUUGAGAAUUAUUGCAAUUAUUAAGGACCACUAUUUUUUGGGUGAGAUAUGGAUAUCAGUAAAGAAGUCACUGUUGACUCAUUCGCAAUUGGACCUUCAACCGUCUUGGGUCGGACAAUUGCUUUCAGAAUCUUGUUCUCCAAGUCAAUUUCACAUUUGAGGCAUCAAAUCUUUUACAUGUUGUUGUAUCACUUCGGUAUUGUUAAGAAUUAUGUGAAGAACUCUUUGACAUCGGUGAUCUCGUGGCUUCAUCCCCGAAACCCACAAGGGAUCCUAGUCAUGGUGACAGUUAUUGCUUUCUUAAUGAAUCGAUACGCAAAUGUAAAACGGAGGGCUGAGAUGGCUUAUCGGAGGAAAUUUUGGAGGAAUAUGAUGAGAAACGCCUUAUCCUAUGAGGAGUGGGUUCAUGCUGCUAAGAUGCUUGAGAAAGAGAGCCCCAAAAUGAAUGAGUCUAACCUUUACGAUGUAGAAUUGGUUAGGAAUAAACUCCAAGAGCUUCGUCACCGUCGCCAAGAGGGUUCUCUGAGAGACAUUAUAUUUUACAUGCGAGCUGACCUUGUCAGAAAUCUUGGUAAUAUGUGCAACCCUGAGCUGCACAAGGGUAGGCUUCAAGUGCCCAAACUCAUAAAAGAGUAUAUCGACGAGGUUUCAACUCAGUUGAAAAUGGUUUGUAACAUCGAUUCAGAGGAGCUUCUCUUGGAGGAGAAACUUGCUUUUAUGCAUGAAACAAGACAUGCCUUUGGAAGAACCGCUUUGCUUUUAAGUGGGGGUGCUUCCCUUGGCGCUUUCCACGUGGGUGUGGUGAAAACCUUGGUGGAGCAUAAGCUUUUGCCCCGGGUCAUUGCAGGGUCUAGUGUUGGAUCGAUUAUGUGCUCUAUUGUAGCCACUAGGUCUUGGCCUGAGCUCCAAAGUUUCUUUCAGGAUUCUUGGCACUCUUUGCAGUUUUUCGGCCAGAUGGGUGGGAUUUUCGCUGUUUUUAAAAGGGUUAUGACUCGAGGAGCAGUUCAUGAGAUCAGACAAUUGCAGAUAAUGUUAAGGCAUCUAACUAACAAUCUUACGUUCCAAGAAGCUUAUGACAUGACUGGUAGAGUUCUGGGGAUUACGGUUUGCUCCCCGAGGAAACAUGAGCCGCCCAGAUGCCUUAAUUAUCUAACUUCUCCUCAUGUUGUCAUAUGGAGCGCAGUGACCGCAUCGUGCGCCUUUCCUGGCCUUUUUGAAGCUCAGGAACUAAUGGCUAAGGAUAGAAGCGGUGAAAUUGUCCCAUAUCACCCACCGUUUAAUUUGGUUCCAAAUGAGGCUUCUGGCUUAGCUGCACGUCGGUGGAGGGAUGGUAGCCUGGAGAUUGAUUUACCCAUGAUGCAGUUGAAGGAGCUUUUCAAUGUCAAUCAUUUUAUAGUGAGUCAGGCAAACCCUCAUAUUGCACCUCUACUGAGGAUGAAGGACGUGGUGAGAGCUUAUGGCGGUAACUUCGCUGCCAAGUUUGCUCAUUUAGUUGAAAUGGAGGUGAAACACAGAUGUAACCAGAUAUUGGAACUUGGUUUUCCACUAGGGGGCCUUGCCAAGCUUUUUGCUCAAGAUUGGGAGGGUGAUGUCACUGUUGUAAUGCCUGCUACCCUAGCUCAGUACUGCAAAAUCAUACAGAACCCAUCUCAUUUGGAGCUUCAAAAGGCAGCCAACCAAGGAAGGAGAUGCACUUGGGAGAAGCUUUCCACCAUAAAAGCCAAUUGCAGUAUAGAGCUUGCUCUGGACGAGUGUGUCGCCAUUCUCAACCACAUGCGGAGACUGAAAAGGAGCGCUGAGAGAGCUGCUGCUUCAUCUCAUGCCCUAACAACCACAGUCAGAUUUAAUGCUUCCAAGAGGAUUCCUUCAUGGAAUUGCAUCGCAAGGGAGAACUCAAGCGGGUCCCUCGAGGAAGAAGUCCUUGCGGGGUCCACGGGAGGUCUUACCAGUCGGUACUCUUGGACCCACCACGACGGAAGUGAGAGUGAAUCUGAGAGUGUCGACCUACAUACUUGGACGAGAUCCGGCGGUCCUUUGAUGAGGACAACUUCAGCAGAUCAGUUCGUCGAUUUUGUCCAAAAUUUGGACAUUGACAGUAAAUUCACCAAAGCAAAAAUUGGUCCUUCCAAUAAUACUUCGAUUCAAAUUACAGGGAAGGAACCGUUGUGUCAGAGUUCAAGGGUAACGACUCCAGAUAGAAGCUCAGACUCUGAGUUUGACCAGAGGGAUUUCAAUAAUAGAGUUGCUAUGCAAAAUUCAAGCAUUGUGGUAACUGAAGGUGACUUGUUGCAGCCCGAGAGGACCCAUAAUGGGAUUGUGUUCAAUGUUGUGAAGAAGGAAGACUUGACACCAACAAACAGGAGUCAUGAUUCGGAAAACGAUCGGCCAUUGGAGAUUUCAUUUGAUGACUUUUCGCAGAUUGACUCAGUGGGAAAGGAAAUUGAUUCAAGUUCAACAUCUGAUUGUGGUGACAAUGAGGUUAACGUAGAAAAUUUUGUCGAUGAAGCAGGUCGUGGUGGUCAACCCGAGGCAAAUUCUGUUUCAGAGGUUGGUGAAAAUGAGUAGUGUACAGUUGAUGGUUAAAAUUUGAGGAUGUUAUCUAAGUGGUAAUUUUGCAUGAUUCAACUGGGUGGAGUUGAUUCAGUGCUGGAGUUAGAAUUACAAGUUCCAGCCCAUGUGGGAGUGGCACUUGCAAAUAAGACAGCCCUACGAAGCUAAGAGCAACUCGAAUGGAGAUGUAAAAUACAUCCGAAUGGAUAGUUAUUAUAGAUGAAAAAAAUGGUUAAAAGUUAGUUGUAUGUAAAAUAAAACUCACCCCUCUCCAAUAGUUAGAUGUAAAAUAGGGAUGAAUAAUUACUUACUUUCCUUCCACCUUAUUUUUUCUCAACUUUCUCAA